AUGGCUCUCGUCGCUCGAUUGACGGCGAGAUUCAACACGUACUAUGAAGAACGACCUCUCAUGACCAUGAUGGUCACAAAUGCUAUCCUGGGUGGCAUUGCCGAUACCGUUGCGCAGAGCAUCACUGCCAUUCGAACGCGCGCCUCUCGCAAAAGUGUGAGCUCAGAUAAGGACGAGUUUGCGAUCGAGAUACAUGAACUCAGCCGUAAGAGUGCGGACUUUGAGCGCGACUUUGUCCCCGAUUCGAAGGCACUACCUCCAAGCUUUGAUUUUGAGCGCUUGACCCGAUUCAUGGCCUACGGUUUCUGUGUCGCUCCUCUCCAAUUCAAAUGGUUUCGAUUCCUUGAGAGGGCCUUUCCGAUGACCAAGACGAGCGCAUUCGGUCCCGCCAUGAAGCGUGUGGUGUUUGACCAGUUUGUUUAUGCUCCCUUUGGUGUGGGCUUAUUCUUUGUGGCCAUGACUGUUGCUGAAGGAGGCGGACGUCGUGCGGUUAGCAGCAAGCUUCGCGACAUGUAUGUGCCGACGCUAAAGGCCAACUACGUGGUGUGGCCUGCUGUGCAGAUUGUCAAUUUCCGCCUCAUGCCGGUGCAGUUCCAACUGCCAUUUGUCUCGACGAUCGGUAUCGCUUGGACGGCGUACUUGUCGCUCACCAACGCCUCCGACUAG